UGUGGUGCGUCACGUGAUUCUCCUGAAAAUGGCGUCGCCAAAUGGAGGUGACGAUUUUGAGACGUCUCUGCUGAGUUUGGAAAAGUUGGACCGUGCCUCACCGGACCUGUGGCCUGAGCAGCUACCUGGGGUGGCAGAGUUUGCGGCGUCAUGUAAAAACACCAUCAGUGACUCGCCUCCUAAGUGGAUGGCUGAACUGGAGACAGAGGACAUUGAAAUGUUGAAAGAGCUGGGAAGUCUGACAACACCAAACCUGAUGGAAAAAGUGAAAGGACUUCAGAACCUGGCUUACCAGCUCGGCCUGGAGGAAUCCAGAGAAAUGACCCGAGGAAAGUUCCUGAACAUCCUGGAGAGACAGAAGAAGUGACGUCCCAGUGGGUUUGAUCCGCGAUAACAGUGUAUGAAUAAUGUCAGAUCAGCAGGCUCACCUCAGUGGUGACGACCCAAUGUUGUCCUACCUGAACGUAAAGCUGCCUUUUCUUAUUUAUUCUCUUUUAAAGAUGAUUUUUGUCUACUGUGGAGUUGUAAUACAUUUUUAAAUGAAUGGCUGUUUGUGAGUCACCGUUCUUUUAACUCGUUUCUCAAGCUCUGAUUGGACCUGCGACCAACGUGAGAGGGUUCCGUUCCUUCCAGGUUUUAAUGAGCUCUCCAAGGUCCAGCACACAAAACAUUGCGUAAAAAUAAUAUUUCUCAUUGUCGUCGCCGUUAACCAACGUUGACAUAAUUACUAGGACCAUUUCUCUUCUAAUUAGCAGACUUUGCCGUUGUCCGCGCUGGCGGCCGGGCACAGAGGGAAUCAGACAGGCAUGGCCAAAGGCAAACAAAAGGAAGUCCGUCCGGCAUAAUUAGGUGAGACAAUGCCUCGGACUGUUCUCGGCUGGAGAUGUCGCUGGAUCUCUGGAAGCUUGCUCCCAACAAGUUACACAUCUCCGCGGGCCGCUAAUAAGCCCCUAAUCGCCUUUCCGAUUCACACGGACCGAGGCCGCCGUUUCCUCGGUGGCUUCGCCCCCUGCCUGCGUCUCGCAUGCUCGACAGUUGAGUUACAUCAAACCUGGUUAUACUUAUAGGAUCCGGUUGGAGACCCAGGAUACCCAGAGACCCAGGAUGUACAGGAGACCCAGGGGAACCACUUUCUCUGAGGUUUGGAAUUGUCUCUUGGACUUACAGAGCAACAGGCAAGAGAAAUGUCAGCCCCUGGGUCCACUGAAGGCCAUUGCCCAAAAGAGACACAAGCUACCGUGCUCUAGAGCAGUAAGCUAGAACUUGUGCCUUGCGGUUUUGCCUGGUCCGAGCUGUCCACUGCUACCAAAUCCAGAUGCUUGGUUCAGAGUUCUUUAGGCAAGGACCACCUAGACCUCUGUGUCCUUGCUGGCCAUCCCUUUUGACCGUGGUACUUGAAUAGGACCACACUGCAAGGUUCUACUCUCUUGGUCAAGGAGGCUGGUGCCUGACUAGGAGGGUAUUCGCAUUGCCUUGUUCUGAGGAGGACCCAUACUUAUGAACCAGGGGAAUCUAAAUCCAUCCCUACAGCCAAGGUUUUGCUUCACCAUUUCUUGAAUCACAGCACUGUUGUCCAUUGAUCCAUCUGCUCAACAAGUUGACACCCUCCAUACGUUGCUCUACUGGUGGCUGUUUUCGCCCCAAGUCCUUCCCCCACUUUUCUGCUGGCCUUGCCCUCCGGGAUCCAGGUCAGUGUCUGCAAAUCUGCUCAUCCAUGUAAGAGGCAGCCGGGAGGGCACGGGGAGGGGGGCAGACUCAAGCCCCUCAGUCUGUCCACGGUCUACUUUCACUGCUAACGCGACCUCACAUCACCUCCCUGCCCUGACGAAUGUCACUCCGAUGUGCCCCGAGUCUUAAAAUUAGCUGUCAAUUAGCGCAAAUUAAUCAACUCCUCGCCUAAUUAAGCAAUGUCGACGGGCAGCUAGCAAACAUGCCGUAGAGCGGGAGCCAUGAGAAACCUCACUCUCGCCGCCCUGCAGGUGGAGGGGUUGGGGGUGGCCCGUCACGUCCAAGGUGCUUUGGGAAAAGCAGCAGUUCUGGCUGUGAUUCAGGAUUUCCUCCUGCCUCGCCUCCACAUGUGCGCUGUCAUCAGGUUUGCUGGCGAGAGGAGUGGGGGCAGAGGAUCCUGCUCGAAAUAUUUCUCCGCAUUAGAACCCCUAAACCUUUGUGACCCUGUUUCACACAGAUAACUGGCUCUACCCUGCUGAGGGUGCUCCUGAGUGGAAGCAUCCUUGGGGGACAGGUGUCGGGUAUCCUGUCAGGAUGUCUCCCUCGACAGGGUCUCUUCCAAGUUCAGCACCUGCCGCUCAACUUAGAAGAGACCCAGAACUCACUGGAGGCUGAGGGAACUCCGGGCGUCUUGGCCACCGCCGCCGCUGCCCUCGAGAUCCGACCGCGGUUAAGAAGAAGACACUGGUGGAUGUUUAGAGUAACAACUCACCUUCACACAAGGCACCGACCUCCAGCUUCACCAGGCCACAUCCGCACUUAUACUUGUGAUUAUUCCAAACCCGUCUCUCUCUAAAGCAGCAGGGAGGCGAGACGGGUCGGCCCGACUCACCUCUCCGUGUUAAUGAACGGCUGGAUCCCAGCAGGCCACUGUCUCCUUUGCAUAUUCUAAUCACAUUGAUUUCUUCAUUAAUAGAAUUCACACUAAAUAGCUUCUAAUUACUUUCUGCGCCGUCACGGUCUCCCCCCGUCAGUUCUACGCAGAGUACUCCAGUACACAUCC